AUGGCAUCAACCCAGGAUGGCGCAGGCGACCACCCAAAGCGUCCUAUACGGAUUGCAGGAGCUUCAGGAGGGUUCAGCGACCGGCAGCGCGCCAUUAGAGAUCUCGCCGCUCUGGAUAUUGAUGUGAUUGUAGGUGAUUGGCUUUCCGAGUGUACGAUGACUCUGCAUGGUGCUCAAAAAGUCGACAACGAGCGGCUAAGAGCUGAGGGGAAGUUGAUGGAGGAGCCUGUGGGCCUCUUUGAUCCCACAUUCAUGGACAACCUGUCCCCGGCACUGCCUGAUAUUGCACGGAAGGGUAUCAAGGUAGCUGUCAAUGCUGGCGCGUCUGACACCAGACUCCUUGCUUCGCUCGUGGAGCAAGAGGUGAAAAGAAGCGGACUGGCGCUCAAAGUCGCGUAUGUCGAGGGAGAUGAAGUGACUGAUACUGUGAAUCGUCUGAUCAAGGCGGGAGAGCCGUUUCCUAGCUUGAUGACCGGUGAAAACCUAAAGAACUGGGGAUAUACUCCAGUCUAUGCACAAUGCUACUUAGGUGGUGCAGGAAUAGCUGAAGCCCUUUCCAACGGUGCCGACAUUGUCGUGUGUGGCCGUGUUGCGGAUGCAGCUCCAGCAGUUGGAGCGGGGAUGUGGUGGCAUGGAUGGGACCGAGAAAAGGACUUUGAUCAGGUUGCAGGCUCACUCAUCUGUGGUCAUCUUGUUGAGUGUGCCGCAUAUGUGACCGGUGGUUAUUUCUCUGGUUUCAAGCGUCUUAUGGAGGGCUGCGAGAAUCUUGGUUUCCCGAUCGCUGAGCUCCAUCAUGAUGGCAGUUGUGUGAUUACUAAAGAGGAGGGUACAGGCGGAGAGGUAUCCGUCGGUACAGUGGCUUCACAGCUAUUGUAUGAAAUCCAGGGGCCUUUAUACUACGGCUCUGAUGUCACCGCAAAGCUGGAAGGAAUAUCGAUGAAGCAGAUCGGGCCUGACCGAGUCCAAGUCACUGGAGUGAAAGGACUUCCGCCUCCCAGCACAACCAAGGUUGGUUUGACUGCAGUUGGUGGAUAUCAGGCUGAGUUUCACGUUUAUAUCUGUGGAUUGGACCUCGAGGCCAAGGCAGAAUGGAUCGAGAGGCAAAUCCGUUACUCAGCUGGCGAAGCUGCGAAAGAACUAUCGUGCUUCAAGUUUAGUAUGAACGGCUAUUGUCCAGAUAAUGCCCGAAACCAAGAUUUAGCCACCGUUGACUUGAGAAUCUUCGUUCAAACCAAGAACAAAAAGUUGGUAUCGAAGUCAACACUGGAUGUUCCUGGCUUUAACCGAUGGUGUAUGGAUAACGGUCUGCAAGGAUGUCCCGGGUGGACCCUGGGGAAUGACCAACGCCAAUCUGAAGGCAAGAUUUACUAUGAGUACUAUGUUACCGUCUUGCCCCAGGACCAAGUUCAACAUCGCGUUACUCUCACAUGGGAUGCUAAUCGAGCGAUCAAUGUCCUCCCAUGUCAAAACAUGGCCAACUAUCUACGUGAUCAACCAAGCUACGAAACUCAAGCUCCAAUAAACCUUUCUACAUAUGAGCCUACGACACGUGGGCCAUUGGGUUGGAUCGUUGGCGGCCGCUCUGGUGACAAAGCUUCAGAUGCCAACGUUGGAUUCUACGUUAGAAACGAUGAUGAAUGGGAUUGGCUAAGGAGCCUACUCACUAUUGACAAGAUCAAGAACUUGCUUGAUGAGGAGUAUAAAGGAGGAAAGAUUGAGCGGUUCGAGAUUCCUGGAAUCAGAGCAGUAGUUCAUUUCUUGUUACGCGACCACCUUGACAGGGGGUUCAACUCGACAAGUACUUACGAUACCCUGGGUAAAAAUGUAGGAGAGUACUUGCGAUCGAAAUGGGUAAACAUACCAAACAAGUUUUUGCAUCGAGGCCGCUUCUAG